UCAAUGCAUUAAUAAUAGUUACAUAUAACAAACAAAGAAGAAGGAAAUACCUCCUGUUAUUAGUUUUGUUUGUGCUUUUUCCAAAGAGGCUUGCUCCAAAAUAAGACCAACAGCAUAGAACAGCAGGACACCAUAUGAGCCAAUCUAAGAGGUCUUUAAUAACAGCAGGAAAUAAGGCAUGUGUCCUGGUGCUGUCCUGAGAGAACGUGUCUCCUGCUGUUAACAUGUUGACCACUGUGUUUCUGUCAACACUCCUGAUGCUGGGGGGGCUUGGAGGGGCAGCAGUGUCUGACUUGCAGGUCUAUGGGAAAUCAAUCCACAGUGAUAAGACUUUGCUGAGCAGCGAUGAUGGAAGACACACUGUGAGGAAACAGCCGCACCAACAGGCAAAAGGUGAAAUCCGCAGGAGUUUGGAUCUCGAGAGCUUCAACAUACACGUGUCCCCCACCACCAGCAAAAUCAGCCUCCCGACCAUCAUCAGGCUCUACCCGCCCACGGCUAAACCUCUCCACCUCCACGCCAACAUGCCAAUGCGCUUUGGAAGGGACAGUAAUCCUGGUGAUGAUAGGUCCCCAAACUCGACCCCCAACAUGCCCCAGAGGUUCGGAAGGUCUUGGGAAGUGUUUCAAAUGUGUGCUGAGUGCCCUGGUGUCCAAGAACCACCGAAGUCGCCUCAGGGACUUCGGAGAACCAGUCUGUACUGGAGCCUCCUCAGGACUCUGGCCAAUGCAGAGUUAUUGAACACUGGCUUGCACUGGGCUGAAGAUAUUGACUUUACAACCAGCUCGGAAGAGAUGCAGAUGCAAGAAAAAACCUUUAAUGGAUGAAAGAGUAUUAAAUAGGCCAACACUGAAGUCUACUAUAGCAUGUAAAUAUAAACACAAAGUACUGUAAAGACAAAUGUUUAAAGGAAAAAUGUUCAAUAAAUAUAUAAGUAAGUUGAAAUAUUUAAAUUUAUGAGUCCCUUUAAAUAAAGUUAUAUCAUUGUUACUGAAAAUGUAUCUUAAACAAUAACAAUAAAAGUUUCAA